UCAUUGUCGCCUCAGUGGAAUCAACAUGGCACUGCGUCUUCAAGGUUUUGUAAGGACGUUUGGAACGUUCGGUGUACGAGCAAUGAGCACAGGAGAAGCGGGUUCUGGUGCAGGAAAGGGUGGUGGAUCAGGUGGCUCCAUCAGAGAUGCUGGUGGUAGUUUUGGUAAGAUGGAGGCUGCACAUGAAGAACAAUACAUGAGAAAACUGGCACAGGAACAGUUGCAACAGCUGAAAACUCAUCACGAGGCUGAGAUCAGACAGCAUGAAGAAGCGAUCAAGAGACACAAGGAAAAUAUUAAAAAAUUAAAAGGCGAUGACAGCGGCAGUGACAGUGACUGAUCACAAGGUCACAGGUGAGGACAGUGGCGGUCCCAAAUCUUCUCAUGGUAUUAUCUACAGAAGGUGUCAUGUGUGGAUUACAGUGUUGCAAAAGAUGGAAAGAAUGACUGGUUAAUUUAAACACAAUUUUAUAAUAAAUUUCCCCGAGAAAA